AUGGCGCCGGGCGCACGGCGCGGGGGCUGCGAACAAAGGGUCCCCGGCGGCGGCUGCGGUGCGGGGACAUCCGCGCUCGGACCCUGGCCCUGGCUCGGCCCCGGCCCGGCCCCCUUCCCGGGCGCGGCGCCCCCACGGAGCCGAAAGAUGAAGGGCGCGCUGCUCGGGCCGCUGCUCCGGCUCCUGCUGCUGUCGCCGCUGUCGCCGCGGGACGGCGUGCGCGCCGCGCAGCCCCAGGCCCCGGGCUAUUUGAUCGCUGCUCCCUCGGUCUUCCGCUCGGGAGUGGAGGAAGUCGUCAGCGUGACCAUCUUUAACUCCCCAAGGGAAGUCACGGUCCAGGCCCAGCUGGUGGCCCAGGGUGAGGCGGUGGCGCAGAGCCAGGGAGCCAUCCUGGAUAAAGGGACAAUCAAACUCAAGGUGCCCACGGGCCUCCACGGCCAGGCGCUGCUGAAGGUGUGGGGCCGCGCGGCGGCGGAGGAGGGCCCCCUCUUCCACAACCAGACCUCGGUGACGGUGGACACGGGCGUCUCCGUGUUCAUCCAGACGGACAAGCCGGUGUACCGGCCCCGGGACCGAGUGCUUGUGAACAUCUUCACCGUCUCCCCAGACCUGAGGCCCGUCAACGAGAAGCUGGAAGCCCACGUCCUGGACCCCCGCGGCUCUCGGAUGAUGGAGUGGAGGAGGCUGCAGCCCGUCUGCUGCGGCGUCACCAACAUGAGCUUCCCCUUGUCCGACCAGCCCGUGCUGGGAGAGUGGCUCAUUUUUGUGGAGGUGCAAGGCCACGUGUACAACAAGUCCUUCGAAGUCCAGAAGUACGCGCUGCCCAAGUUCGAGCUUCUGAUCCAGCCGCCGCCGUACAUCCGAGACCUGGACGCCUGCGAGACGGGCACCGUGCGGGCCAGGUACACCUUCGGGAAGCCCGUGUCGGGGGCCUUGGCCAUCAACAUGACCGUGCACGGCGUGGGGUACUACAGCCACGAGGUGGGGCACCCCGUGCUCAGACACACCACGAUCCUUGGCUCCCAGGACUUCGACAUCUGCGUGAGGGACAUGAUCCCGGCGGACGUCCCCGAGCACUUCCGGGGCAGGCUCAGCAUCUGGGCGACGGUGACCAGCGUGGACGGUAGCCGGCAGGCUGCGUUCGACGACUCCACCCCCGUCCAGAGGCAGCUGGUGGACGUCCGCUACUCCCGGGACACCAGGAAGCAGUUCAAGCCGGGCCUGGCCUUCGCGGGGAAGGUGGAGCUGUCCUACCCCGACGGCAGCCCUGCCGAGGGGGUGACGGUCCAGAUCAAGGCGGAGCUGACGCCGAAGGACAACAUCUACACCAGUGAAGCUGUGUCCCAGGGCGGCCUGGUGGGCUUUGAGAUUCCGUCCAUCCCCACGUCAGCCCAGCACGUGUGGCUGGAGACCAAGGUGACGGCGAUUGACGGGAAGCCGGCGGGCAGCCAGUACCUGCCCAGCUACCUGGCCCUCGGCAGCUGGUACUCCCCCAGCCAGUGCUACCUGCAGCUGCAGCCGCCCUCCCGCGCCCUGCAGGUUGGAGAGGAAGCCUGGUUCCCCGUGAAGUCCACGUGCCCCUGCAACUUCACCCUGUACUACGAGGUGGCUGCCCGGGGCAACCUCGUGCUCUCGGGCCGGCAGCCUGCCCACGCCACCCAGCAGCGCGGCAAGCGGGCGACCCCCGCCCUGGAGACGCCAGUCCGUUUAACGCACCUUUCCGAGACAGAGCCCCCUCCAGCCCUCGCCGCCGAGGUCAACGUGUGCGUGACCUCUCUCCGGCUGCCCGUGACUCCCAGCAUGGUCCCGCUCGGCCGCCUGCUGGUCUUCUACGUGCGGGAGAACGGAGAGGGGGUGGCAGACAGCCUGCAGUUCGCUGUCGACGCCUUCUUUGAAAACCAGGUGUCAGUGACGUAUUUGGCCAACGAGACCCAGCCGGGGGAGGCCGUCGGCCUGCGGGUCCGGGCCGCGAGGGGCAGCUGCGUGUGCGUGGCCGCCGUCGACAGGAGCGUCUACCUGCUCAGGUCCGGCUUUCGGCUGACUCCUGCCCAGGUGUUCCGGGAACUGGAAGAUUACGACGUCUCUGAUGCCUUCGGCGUGUCCAGGGAGGACGGGCCCUUCUGGUGGGCUGGGCUGAUGGCCCGACGGCGCCGGCGCUCCUCCGUGUUCCCGUGGCCCUGGGGCGUCACCAAGGACUCCGGCUUUGCCUUCGCCGAAACGGGGCUGGUGGUGAUGACCGACCUCGUGAGCCUGAACCACCGGCAGGACGGCGGCCUGUACACGGACGAGGCUGUCCCCGCCUUCCAGCCCCACACCGGGAGCCUGGUGGCCGCCGUUGCUUCCAGGCAGCCCCCCAGAGCAGAGAAGAAGAAAAGGACCUUCUUCCCUGAAACGUGGCUUUGGCGUUGUCUCAACAUCAGCGACCCGUCUGGCCAGCACACCCUGGGCGUGCAGGUCCCGGACUCCAUCACCAGCUGGGUGGCCGAGGCCGUGGCCCUGUCCCCCUCGCUGGGCCUGGGCGUGGCCGAGCCUGCCCUGCUGAGGACCUUCAAGCCCUUCUUCGUGGACUUCACGCUGCCAGCGCUGGUCGUGCGCGGGGAGCAGGUCAAGAUCCCACUCAGCGUCUACAACUACAUGGGCGCCUGUGCCGAGGUGUACAUGAAGCUCUCGGUCCCCAAGGGCGUCCAGUUCGUCGGGCACCCUGGCAAACGCCACCUGACCAAGAAGGCCUGCGUGGCCCCUGGGGAGGCCGAGCCCAGCUGGGUCGUUCUGUCCUUCAGCGACCUGGGCCUCAGCGACAUCACAGCCAAAGCCCUCGCCUACGGAGACACAAGGUGCUGCCAGGAUGGGAGGCCCGGCAAGCACGCCGAGGACAGCCACGCCGACAGGAGGGUCCCCGUGGGCACGGACCACGUCAGGCGCAGCGUGGUGGUGGAGCCUGAAGGAGUGUCCCGCGCGUAUACCUACAGCGCUUUCUUCUGCCCCAACGAGAGAGUGCACAUCUCCACCCCCAACAAGUACGAGUUCCAGUACGUGCAGCGGCCGCUGCGCCUCGCCCGUCUCGACGUGGCCGUGCGAGCCCACAACGACGCCCGGGUGGCCUUGUCCUCCGGGCCCCAGGACACGGCGGGCAUGGUGGAGGUCGUGCUCGGGGGGCACCAGAACACCCGGUCGUGGAUCUCCACCAGCAAGAUGGGCGAGCCCGUGGCCAGCGUGCACACCGCCAAGAUCCUCUCCUGGGACGAGUUCAGAACAUUCUGGAUCAGCUGGCACGGCGGGCUCAUCCAGGUGGGCCACGGUGCAGAGCCAUCCAACGAGUCCGUCAUCGUGGCCUGGGCCCUCCCGAGGACACCCGAGGUCCAGUUCAUUGGCUUCUCCACCGGCUGGGGCUCCACGGGCGAGUUCCGCAUCUGGAGGAAGAUGGAGGCGGACGAGAGCUACAGUGAGGCCUUCACGCUGGGCAUCCCGCACGGCGCCGUCCCCGGGUCCGAGCGGGCCACUGCCUCCGUCAUAGGAGACGUCAUGGGGCCACCUCUGAACCAUCUCAACAGCCUCCUGCGGCUGCCCUUUGGCUGUGGGGAGCAGAACAUGGUCCACUUUGCUCCCAACGUCUUCGUCUUGAAGUAUCUACAGAAAACCCGGCAGCUCAGCCCCGAGGUGGAGAGGGAGACCACUGACUACCUGGUACAAGGCUACCAGCGCCAGCUGACCUACAAGCACCAGGACGGCUCCUACAGCGCCUUCGGGGAGCGGGACGCCUCGGGGAGCACGUGGCUCACGGCCUUCGUCCUGAAGUCCUUCGCCCAGGCGCGGAGCUUCAUCUUCGUGGACCCUCGCGAGCUGCAGGCCGCCAAGGCCUGGAUCGUGCGCCGGCAGCGGGAGGACGGGUCCUUCCCGGCCGUGGGCAGGGUCCUCAACAAGGACAUCCAGGGCGGGGUCCGCGGCACCGUCCCCCUGACGGCCUACGUGGCCGCUGCGCUCCUGGAGGCAGGCGCGGCCUCGGAGGAGGAGAGGGGCGCCAUCGCCAAGGCGAGGCGCUUUCUGGAGUCCAGCACGCCCCUGGCCACGGACCCCUACAGCUGUGCCCUGACCGCCUACGUGCUGACCCUGCUCCGCAGCCCGGCCGCCCCCGAGGCCCUGCGCAAGCUCCGCAGCCUGGCUGUCACGCACGACGGGGUCACCCACUGGAGCCCAGCGAGUUCCUGGGACGUGGACAAGGAUGCGUUUCUGAGCUACGGCGACAGGGUCUCCAAGUCAGUGGCCUCAGCCGAGGUGGAAAUGACGGCCUACGCCCUCCUGACCUACACCCUCUUGGGUGACGUGGCCGCCGCCCUGCCGGUGGUGAAGUGGCUGUCCCAGCAGCGGAACGCACUCGGGGGCUUCUCGUCCACCCAGGAUACCUGUGUGGCCCUGCAGGCCUUGGCUGAGUAUGCCAUCUUGUCCUAUGCUGGAGGCGUCAACCUCACCGUCUCCCUGGCCUCCACCAACCUGGACUACCAGGAGACCUUCGAGCUGCACAGGACCAACCAGAAGGUUCUGCAGACGGCGGCGAUCCCCAGCCUCCCCACGGGGCUGUUUGUGAGUGCCAGGGGGGACGGCUGCUGCCUGAUGCAGAUCGACGUCACCUACAAUGUGCCCAACCCGGUGGCCAAGCCGGCCUUCCAGCUGCUUGUCAACCUCCAGGAGCCUGAAGUUCAGGGGCGCCCGCCCCCUGCGCCUGCGCCUGCCACCGCCGAGGGCCCCCGCGGGGACCGGCACCCGGCGGACGAUGACGACCCAGCAGCGGACCAGCAUCACCAGGAGUAUAAGGUGACGCUGGAGGUGUGCGCCAGGUGGCUGCACGCGGGGUCCUCCAACAUGGCUGUCCUCGAGGUGCCCCUGCUGUCGGGCUUCCGGGUAGACACCGAGAGUCUGGAGCAGUUGCUCUUUGACAAGCACAUCGGGAUGAAGAGGUACGAGGUGGCUGGACGCAGAGUUCUCUUCUACUUUGAUGAGAUCCCCAGCCGCUGCCUGACGUGCGUGAGGUUCGCGGCGCUCCGCGAGUACGUGGUGGGCAGGACGUCGGCGCUGCCCGUGUCCGUGUACGACUACUACGAGCCCGCCUUCGAGGCCACGCGCUUCUACAACGUCAGCGCGCGCAGCCCGCUCGCCCGGGAGCUGUGCGCCGGGCCCGCCUGCAACGAGGUGGAGCGCGCGGCGGCCCGGGGCGCGGGCUGGACCCCCGGCGAGCCGGGCCCUGAGGUGGCCCCCGAAGAGGGGGCGGCAGUCCCGCGAUGCGGCUGCGCCCGCGACUGUGGCGCCCGGGGGGCCCAGGUGUGGCCGCUGCCGCCUCUCGGUGGAUGGUGA